GUUCGCAACAACUUCACGUCCCGGGUUACCGCCCUCUAGCUUCCGCUUCCGGAAGCACCGCCUUCUAACCCCACGGCUUCGCAGGGGAGCUUCCGGCCCGAGGCCGAGAGCUUCCGGGUUGCAGCGGGUCAGAGGUCACCCCGGGAUCUGACAGGCAUGGCGGCGGAGCCGGCCGAGGUGGAGGAGGCCGCGCAGGUCUUCCUGCUCAUGCGCAAAGGCCACCGCAUCUCCCGCAACGUGCGCUUAGCCUGGUUCCUGAACCACCUCCGUCAGACUGUGCGGGCCGCGUCCCCGGAGGAGCUGCUGCACUCCGAGCCCGAGCUGGCCGUGCUCAGCGUCCUGCCCCCGGGCUGGCAGCCCGACGAGCCGCUGGCACCGCCGGGCCGGGCCCUGCUGCUGGUGCCAUCCACGCGCGUCACCUUUCUGGCGUGGCGCUACCGCUUUGUCAUCGAGCUGGACCUGAGCCCGUCCACGGGCAUCGUGGAUGACUCCACUGGAGAGAUUCUCUUUGACGAAGUGUUCAGGGCCCUUUCCCGAUGCCUGGAGGGGCUGCUGCGGCCCUUCCGAGUCCCCGGCUCCUCCAUCACCUUCCAGCCAGAGAUCUAUGUCACUGUGCAGGCCUAUUCCUCCAUCAUUGGCCUGCAGUCCCACCAGGUGCUGGCCCAAGGCUACCUCUUGGAGCCUUCUCGGCGGGAGGCCUUCCUGCAGCAGGUAUACAGCCAGCUGUGUGUCUUCGAGAACAAGGUGGCUGCUACACUUCAGCAACAGUAUGAGCCCCGGAGCCAGGCGGACGCAUCUCAUCUGAGCCAGGACCGGCCCCCCAGUUCAGCAGGGGUCUCCAUGGUGACAGCUGACAUCGGCCUCGUCAGUAUGAUCCGCCAAGGCAUUCUAGCUCUGCAGCUUCUGCCGUCUAACUCCAGCGCCGGCAUCAUUGUGAUCACUGACGGGGUGACCAGUGUCCCAGACGUUGCAGUGUGUGAGACACUGCUGAAUCAGCUACGAAGCGGCACCGUGGCAUGUUCCUUUGUGCAGGUGGGUGGUGUGUACUCCUACGACUGCAGCUUCGGCCACGUGCCCAACGUGGAGCUAAUGAAGUUCAUGGCCAUGGCGACCUUUGGUUCCUACCUGUCCACGUGUCCAGAGCCGGAGCCGGGUGGCCUCGGGCUGACUGUGUACCACCGAGCAUUUCUCCUCUACUCUUUUCUGCGCAGUGGAGAGGCCCUGAAUCCUGAGUAUUACUGUGGCUCCCAGCACAGGCUGUUUAAUGAACAUCUGGUGUCAGCAAGCAGCAACCCUGCCUUGGCGCUGCGGCGCAAGAAGCACGCAGAGAAGGAGGUGCCUGCUGACCUGGUCAGCACCGUGUCCGUGCGCCUGAGGGAGGGCUACAGUGUCCGUGAGGUCACCCUGGCCAAAGGGGGCUCCCACUUGGAGGUGAAGCUGGUUCUGCUGUGGAAGCAUAACAUGAGGAUUGAGUACGUGGCGCAGGCACCCUGGCCCCUGGAGAGUGCAGGUCCUCGGGGGACAUGGGUGGAGGUGACCAUGGAAGGAGGCUACGACAUCCUGCAUGACGUGUCCUGUGCCCUGCGGCAGCCCAUCCGCUCCCUCUACCGCACCCAUGUCAUCCGCCGCUUUUGGAACACGCUGCAGAGCAUUAACCAGACAGACCAGAUGCUGGCACAUCUCCAGGCUUUCUCCUCUGUGCCAGAGCAUUUCACCCUUCCCGACAGCACCAAGAGUGGAGUUCCCCUCUUCUAUAUCCCACCUGGCUCUACCACCCCAGUGCUCUCCCUUCAGCACAGUGGCUCUGACUCCUCUCACUCACAGUUUGCCGCCUACUGGAAGCCAGUCCUCUCCAUGGAUGCCAACUCGUGGCAGCGCUGGCUGCACAUGCACCGGCUUGUGCUGGUCCUUGAGCACGACACGCCGAUCCCCAAACACCUGCACACACCAGGGAGUAAUGGACGUUACAGCACCAUCCAGUGCCGAAUUUCACAUUCAGCAUUGACGUCUCUUCUCCGGGAUUGGAGUAGUUUCGUGCUCGUCGAGGGUUACUCAUAUGUCAAACUGCUACACAGUGCCCCAGACCUGCCCCCUUCCUCCUUCUACAUGGUCCGAAUCAUCUCCAAAGCUCCGUGCAUGGUGCUCAGACUCGGUUUCCCCAUUGGCACACCAGCUCAAUUACGCAACAAGAUCGUGGAUGAGCUGCGGGAGGAGAUCUUGAAGCUUCGCUUCCCCCACCGGGUGCAGAGCAAGGAAGCCACCCCCAAAGUGAAGCGGAAAGGACUGGGGGCAGGCAGCUCUCCCUCUAAGUCGCCUCCACUCCUUGUGCCUCAACCCACCCUGUCUGAUCGGCCCUGCCUGAUCGUCCUGCAGAAGCCCCUGGACAAGCUGUUGAUCAGGUAUGAGAAGCUGCCCCUGGAUUACCGCGCACCCUUCAUGCUGGCCCUGGAGCCGCCAGGACCAUUGGCCCUGGUGUCCGGCCGCUCCGCCUCCUCCAGCCUGGCCUCGCUGUCACGCUACCUCUGCCAUCAGCGCUGGGUCUGGACUGUGCAGCCUGCCCUGGUGCCCGUGCUCCCCCUCAGUGCUGUGGCUCAGCUGCUUUCCACGCUCACUGAAGUCCGUCUGGCCGAGGGGUUCCAUUUUGCCUCCAGCGGGGAAGGGAUCAUCACAAUGGUCCUGGAGCUCCCGAUACAGAGCGAAUCUCCCGGAGUGGCAGGAGGAAAUGAGACCCCCACAUGCAUUGUCCAGUAUCUCCUCUUCCCUCCUCAUUCCACCUCCACCAAGGACAGCUUUUCUACAGACGAUGACAAUGAUGGAGAAGUGGAGGCCCUGGAGGGCGAUUCCGAGCUGAACCUGGUCACUGAGGUCUGGGUGGAGCCCCAGUGUGGGCGUGUGGGCUCUGGCCCCGAGGGCUGCAGGCAUCUCCGAGGUCUGACCUACCCAGAGCUUCCCCGAGCGCUUUUCCCCAGAGAUGCCGCCUGUGUCAGCUCCAUGCUCAGCUUCGAAUACCUGAGCCACCUCUGCCAGAGCAAAGAGUGGAGCCCCCCGCCUCCCGAACCCAGGGCUCCUGAUGGGCGCGAUGUAGCAGGAGGUCCCUGUGUCCAUGAGAUCCCAUUUCGGUUUGACCUGAUGCGCUUGCUGCUGCGGUGUCAGCGGAUGCAGACGGCCUUUGGUCUGCUAACCAGAGAGGCCGAAGGCCCCAGUCCCGAGGCCCACAGUCCUGCCAACGAGACCCUGCUGGGCCUACUGCACCGCUGCCUAGGGCAGGAGCUGAGUGACCGUGAGCUCCCUCUCUCUGCGGCCGAGCAGAAGACCUUUCUGAGCCAGGUGCUACAGUGGGGAGCCCCAGGCCCAGAGGUGCGUCCCUCGGGAGGCUCCGAGCCCCAAGGCCGCUUGGGCGGUUCUCAGGACUUGAGUCACUCUGCAGUCACACCUCUGCCUCCCACGGAGACCUCGCCCCCUCAGUGGCGCUGCUAUGGCCGGCUUGUGACACCACAGCAUGUGCUGCUCACCUUUCUCCCAAGCACCUUCACAGAUGUCCAGCGCCUAGUUGCUUGUGGAGUUGGCCGGCCCCUUCAAGAAGAGAUGAGGCCUGCACCGGGAGAGUGGAAUGCCGUCUGGAGCCCUGAGGAUUUAGGAGGAGCGAGUCAGAAGGACACCAAAGCCCUGAUUCCUGCCCUCAGUGUGACCCCUGCCAGCGACAAAGCUCAGGAUCAGGGGGAGCUUGCUCUGCCUCCUGGAAAGGACCCCCAACCCUGGCCUGCGCGUCAGACCUCGCAAACUGAGGGUGGGGAAGGGCCACGCUCUCGCUGCCCAGUCUUUGUCUACAGCUGCUCGUUGGAUGCACUGAGAGAGCAGGUGGUCAGCACUCAGCCCUGUAGGGUUCCUCAAGAGCUCACCCUCACGUCUCAGUUCCUUGAGCACCCCUCCCCUACAUCCACCUGGCUAGACCCCAAGUUUAAGGAAGUGGCCGAUCACUGUGCGCUCCUUCAGGAACAUGCCCAGCGGUGCUACGUCCGAGGCCUGUUCCGCAGCCUCCAGCAGGCCCAGGUCGUGAGCUGCCAGGACCUCCUGGUUGCUGUGGACGCCUGCGAGGAGCUGCUUCAGGAAAUUGACAUCACACCGUUCCUGUUGGCGCUCUGUGGUCGUGCUCACGGGCUGCCCCAAGGGCCCGGGAGCUGCAGCCUCGAGGAAGGCUCUGAGCCUCGCGACAGGGCAGUCCCGGCCUCAGAGCUGAGUGCAGAGGCAGAGGAUUCCAGUGAGCCUGAAGCCCUGUGCAUGCAGGACCCUGCGGCCCCAGGGCCAGAGCUUCUGCUUUCGGAGGUCUGCCAGCUCUCUGGUGGGACCCAUGACCAGCUGCACAGCAUCAUUCAGGAGAAGUUCUUGGAGAUCAGUCGCCUGCACUUCCGAGCCGUGCCCUCCAACCCCCACUAUUUUUUCUACUGCCCACCCUCCAGCAAACGCGAGGAUGAGAGCACUCGCGAUGGCCUGGACAGGAAAGUCAGUGACCUGGAGCUCUCAGAGGCUGAGCCAGCAGGCGACGAAGGAGAGGUGUCCGGAGGCUGCAUUGCUACCGAGAGUGACCCAGAGCUGGAAGUUGAGUAUCGAGACAGCCGGGACAUGGAGCUGGAGCCUCCAGACUCCGCGUCACUCUCUGACGAGGACACCAUGAACCCCGACGAAGACUCCUUCAGUGUCCUGGGGGAGGAUGUGGCCCUUGGCCCCGAGGGCAAUGCCCACGACCUGCCCCCUCUCUUCCUACACCUCACCUGCUCUGUGCGCCUCCGAGGACAGCAUAGCUCCGUGCCCGUGCAUACGCUGCCCACCUGCCUGGGUCAGGUCUUGUCCUCCCUGGAGAGCCCGCCCCUGGGGAGUCGCCUGGCCUUGCAGGACCUUAGCGUGACCCUGGACGUCUUCAUCCUCACCCUGCCCCUGGAGGUGGAGCUGCCCCCAGCCUCGGACCCCCAGCACCACAGGUCUGUCUCGGAGAGCAGCGCCUCUUUCCCUCGGUCUCCUGGGCAGCCUUCUUCCCUGCGCUCUGACGACAGCCUGGGACCCCCACUGCCCCCCCCAGACAUAGAGAGGCAGCCGGGGCUGUCCAGCCUCCCCUUACCUCACCGGCAGGCGAUCGAGACCACCAUGAGCGAGAUUCGCUGGCUGCUCGAGGACGAGAUGGUGGGGGCCCUGCGUCGGGGGGGUGUCCCCAGCGGCCCCUCCCUCCAACGAGUAGCAGCCCACAUCCACGCUUCCCCUGGACGCUCGACCUGCCUUCGACAGACGCUGCCUCUCAGCUUUGUCUUCGGGCCAGAACGCUCCCUGGCCCGCUUUAAAGAGGAGUUCUGUCGACUUCAUCUCCCAGGCCACUCCCUGUGCCAGGACCCCGACAGUGGCUGCUUCUUUGUGUCUGUCAGCCCUACCCUCCCUGAGGAGCCCCCCACCCCCUGGACCUGGGUCAGUCAUGAGGACCAAGCGACACACUCCGGCCCGGCAGAAGUUCUGCCGACCAGUCCCCAAGUCCCUGGGUCCCCUGAUGACAACGAGAGCUCCACUCUGAGUGCCUUGCCUGGUAUGGCCCCCCUGGGGUCUCAUGGAGCCUGUGGCAGCCAUCCCGGCCCCAGCCGAGGACCGAGCGUGGUGUCUAGCCAGGGCAGCAUGGACUCUGACCAGCUAGGCUAUGAUGGAGGCAGCAGCAGCGGCUCAGAAAAUGAGGGACCGAAGGCAGCCCUGGGGGAAAAGGUUGUCCCCACACUGAAGGAGCCUCCGGGCCUCACGCCAACCAGACCACCGGGCCAGGAGACGUCCCUGGGGCCUGCCCCACAGCAGCAGCCCCCACCCAGCCUCCCAGGACCACGUCUGCCUGACUUCUGGCUCCUCGUCCGGGUCAUGCAGGAUCGAGUGGAAGUCUAUGCCCAUGCACGGAGCCUCAGUCGGGAUGAGAGUGGACCAGGCUCCGAGUGCCGGCAGCUGCAGCAGCUCUUGGUGAAGAAGGUCGGAGAGAUCUGCAGGGAGGUCAACCAGCGUCUGCUUCUUCAAGACCUCCAUGACAGCCAUGUCUGUAACUCCCUGCUUGUGGCUGAGAGCGAGGAGGAUCUCUGGCGGAGUGAGACCCCCUUUCAUCCCCGCCAGCGGACCCUGCUGCCCAGUGAUGAUUAUGCAGCUGAUGAGAGCUGUCCCCCCCGCGGCUACCUGGCAGCCACGAUGCAGUUUGUGCCGGGACACUUCUCCUGCAAUGUUGUUUGGGGGACUGUGAUCCGCGUCCAUUCCCGACUCAAAAUGGGGCCCAGCAUGGGAGUGUCCCGGGCCAUCCAGGCACUUCGUUCUGUGCUCAACGCCUUCUCGGUGGUGAACAGGAAGAACAUGUUUGUAUACCAGGAGCGAGCCACUCGAGCCGUCUAUUACCUGCGACUUCUGGAGACCUCGUGCAGUGAGAAGCUCCUGGACGGGGAUGCUCUGCCCCCCUCCCUGGCCCUCUCCAGAAGCCAGGAACCCAUCUGCCCUGAGGAGGCCUCGGGCCCUCGGUCUCCUUUGGAAGUGGCCUCCAGCCGGAGUUCUGAGACCACCCGUCCUGUGGGCCAGGUUGACCGACACAUUCAACUCCUAGUGCAUGGUGUGGGACAGGCAGGCCCCGAGAUCACAGAAGAGCUGGUGCGAGCCCUGCGGCGGCGCCUGGACGAGGCCACCUUGGACAUCAUCACCGUCAUGCUUGUGCGCAACUGCAAACUCACUCCCGCUGAUGUAGAGUUCAUCCAGCCCCCGGGAAGCCCCCCCUCUGAGGUUCUCCACCUGGUGCUGCCGCCCACCUGUCGGCCAUGGCUCCCGGCCUUGGCCUGGUACCUGCGGCAGAAUCUGCUCAUCUUCCUGCACUCGCCAAAGUACACAGACAGCAACAGUUGCCAUCACUUCCAGCAUCCUUUCCACCCUCCUAGUGGCCUUCCUGACUCUGAUAUUUAUCUCUACAACAAGCCUGGUGGCCAAGGCACUGGGGGAAAAGGGGUUGCCUGCAUCGCCCUCUCCUUCAUGGAUGAAGGGGGAGCCCCCAUCUCACUGGGGCUCUGGCCCCCUGCUGCUCCGGCCCCCCUGGACCUGCUGCAGGACACCGACUUUGAGAGUCUCACCAGGGUCACCUGCUGCCCCACGCCAGCCAACAGCACUGCUGCAGUUUUCUCUCCACCAGGUCAGGGCCAGGACCUGCAGCUGCGGCUGGACAUAUGGGAGAAGGGGAACAUCAGCCGCCCACAGCUAGAAGAGAAGUUGCGUGGAGCCGCCCGGCACGCCUUGGCUGAUGCUGUCUUGGAGCUCCGGCUGCUUCCAGCCCCCCUGUGUGUGGAGGAGGUCCCGCCAGGAAGCCCGAGGAGCACCUCGCUGGAGGCCAAGAGCCCGGGAGACCCAGGCAGCACCUCCCCUCUCCCCUUCCCACCAGCCCUGAGCCCAGGAGAGCCUGUCACACCCCCAAGCAAAAUGGGCCGGCGCAGCUUCUGGGAUAUGCUGAGUAAAGCUGAAGGUGGCGAUCUUGGUUCCCCAAAGACAACAGAUGACAUUGUACUGGAAAGGUCAGAAGACACCCGGGGAAGGAGGCGUCACAAGACUGAGAGCAUCCGGCCCCCGGGGGGACCAGAGCGGACACCCGCCCCUGAGCUGGGUGCCCAGGGUCACAGGCGCCGGGCCGCGCAGCUAGAAGAAGGGGAGGUGGGCGUCCUCCAUCCGGGCUUGGCACGAGCGGGUCAGCGCUGGAUGGAGUUCAUGGCCCGGAUCGGGUGUCCUUCUGUUUCUGGAAGCUCUACCCGCAUGGUGUCCCGCUUCCUUCUUCCCUCGGUUCUGACUGAAACCAUUUCGCUUGUGGCCUCGUUGGCAGGAGAUACCAGCGUCCGCAUGUUUGAGCGACAGCCGAGCUCAGACCCUGUAAUCUUCACCCCCUGCUCCACUGCGCAGCUGCACCCCCCGCCCCGCCCUGGAGCUGAGCGCCAUCUGCUGCUCUUGGGAAGGAACUUCUCCCAGUGGCGGAGGCCAACCCAGCAGGCUCCCAAGGCCAUGCAGCGUUUCGAGCCGGGAGUGGAAGGAUCUGGUCGGGAUGCCCCCCGACAGCGACUCCUCCUCCUGCGGGUUAUGGACACCAAGCUGCAGCUGCUGACCUAUAAUUGGGCCCCGGACCUGGGAGGGGCCCUCAGCCGUGCCCUAGGCCGCCUCUUACAGUGGCAGAAUGCGCGGGCCCACCUCGUCCACUGUCUGCUCAGUCAGAAGCUUGGUCUCUUCCACCACUAUGGUCACCUAGACUGCCCCGGGCAUGAUGACAAGGAGCCAAAUCCGUUCCUGACCCCAUCUCUGGAGGCUGAGACCCUCAUCCGAAGCCCUGGCCCCCCACCCAGCCGGGAACAGGGACGACUGAGUAGCUCCUCCCGGGGAGGGGCCGGCCUGGCCCCUGAAACGAUGCCUUUCGAUGAGGCCUUGAGGGAUAUUGCUGCUGCCCGCCCGGGGCCAGCCCCCCGUCCCCCUGACCCCGUUACUUAUCACGGGCAGCAGUUCUUGGAGAUCAAGACAGCAGAACGAAGAGAGCUGGAACGUCAGAUGAAGAUGGAGAAUCUCUUUGUGACAUGGCAGCAGAGAUCUGCCCAGUCCAACAUGCCCAUCAGUGCUGGGGAGCUGGAGACCCUGAAGCAGUCUUCACGCCUGGUCCACUACUGUGCCACUGCCCUGCUCUUUGACCCGGCUUCCUGGCAACACGGGCCUCCUGAGCCCACAGCGCCCACUGAGGGAAAGCGCCGCCAUCGCUCCAAUGAGUCAGGGGGUGGAGGCCGAGAGUCGGCUCCGAGCUGUGAGGGUGGGGAGCUGCCCACCCCAGGGUUCCGAGAGGAGCCGUGGCUCCGGGAGCUGAGCUCGACCUUCCUGCUGCAGUAUGUGCAGUACCUUCAGAGCACAGGCUUUAUCCUGGUGCAGCUGCGGCCCCCCUCACCCACACGCAGCACCAGCCGGCUCCGGGCCAUGGCCAUCCUGGGCACCGAAGGUCGAGGCUCUUUCUCCUGUCCCAAGACCAAGACAGAUGGGAGCCCAAAGAGUGCCAGCUCACCCAUCACCACGUACCACCUGCAACGGGCUCUGCCUGGAGGCAUUGUGCUCAUGGAACUGGCUUUCCAGGGCUGUUACUUCUGUGUGAAGCAGUAUGCACUGGAGUGUUCCCGCAUCCCCAUGGGGCAGGCUGUCAAUUCCCAGCUCUCCAUGCUGUUCACCGAAGAGUGUGACAAGGUCCGGGACCUGAUGCACGUGCACUCCUUCAGCUACGACUUCCACCUGCGGCUGGCGCAUCAGCACGUGCUGGGCUCCCACAUGGCCUUGCGCCAGGGCUACCACCUGACCAGCUUCCUGCGCUGCUUCCUCACUCACCACCCCGACGGCCCCAACUUUGGCCGCAACCACAUCUACCAGGGGACCAUGGAGCUGCCCACCCAGCUGAUCGCCGCGCACCAGCUCUACAACUAUGUGGCCGACCACGCCAGCACCUACCACCUGAAACCACUGCGCAUGGCUCGCCCUGGCGGGGGCCCUGAACACAACGAAUAUGCCCUGGUGUCUGUGUGGAACAGUCCGGGCGUCUACCAGGACUCGGAGGGCCUGCGUCACCAGGAUGACUUCGACGUGUCCCUGCUGGUGUGUCACUGCGCCGCCCCCUUCGAAGAGCAGGGGGAGGCAGAGAGACAUGUGCUCCGCCUGCAGUUCUUCGUGGUGCUCACCAGCCAGCGGGAGCUCUUCCCCCGGCUCACAGCCGACAUGCGCCGCUUGCGGAAGCCCCCUCGCCUGGCCCCUGAACCGGAAGGUCCCAGUGGGACAAGGGGGGGCCCCAGUGAGGUAGGGGGAGGCCCCCAAGGUUCUGACCUCAGCCCUGAGGCAGGCUCAGCAGCCCCCCUGUUCCCACCACUUGCUGCUGAGGUGGGUGUGGCACGGGCGCUGUUGGCACAGCUGGUACAGCAGGCAGGUGGGCACUGCCGCCGAGACACUCUCUGGAAGCGCCUCUUCCUUCUGGAGCCACCGGGAGCUGACCGCCUGCGGCUGGGCGGAAGGCUGGCCCUGGCAGAGCUGGAGGAACUGCUGGGAGCUGUGCACGCCAAGUCCAUUGGGGACAUUGAUCCCCAGCUGGACUGCUUCCUGUCCAUGACGGUCUCCUGGUACCAGAGCCUCGUCAAAGUCCUUCUGAGCCGCUUCCCCCAGAGCUGCCGCCACUUCCAGAGCCCAGAUUCGGGGACUCAGUAUUUGGUGGUGCUAAACCAGAAGUUUACGGACUGUUUCGUGUUGGUAUUUCUGGAUUCUCACUCAGGAAAGACGUCACUCACAGUGGUGUUCCGAGAGCCAUUCCCUGUGCAGCCCCAGAACAGCGAGAGCCCCCCUGCCCAGCUGGUCUCCACCUACCACCACCUGGAGUCUGUCAUCAACACAGCCUGCUUCACCCUGUGGACUCGACUCCUCUGAGGAAGGGAAUGUGCUCCCCAGACCUGCUGACUGCUGGGAGUCCUCCCUAGAGCUGAACACCCUGGGCGGCUCUGGAGGGCCCCUGCACCUGGGGAACACUGGGAGCCCUCCCUCAAGGCCCCCCACCCUACACUGGUGACUCCUAUGGAUCCACCCCUGGAUGGGUGGGCCUAAUAACUUGGGGGUGCGCUGCUGGCCUCCAGGCUUCCGCUUCUCAGGCAGGAGUGGCACCGACUGAGCCCUCCACAAGCCCACCCUGGCAGGAGGGCCCUGGGCCUCCAGCCACCAUGGGAUGCCCUCCAUGGGAGGGAAAGGAGAAGAGAAGAGAAAAGGUGGACCAGAGCCCCGAGAAUAUGGGGUGUCUCCUGCUGCUGUCUUGGGAACCGGGGUGAUCCUGGGGACUGUGGGGCCCCUCGGCCACAGGGCUGUUCAUGCAGAUCCCGUCACUUGCCCCAGACCAGGUCUUGGCACUGGCCCAUCCAUUCUCCCUUCAGGCCCCCGGUCCAUUUUGGUCUUCGAGGGCUUCCAGAAUUUGCUGCCAACAGUCACAAUGGCUGGUCUGUGAAGCCCCUGCAUGCACUGGGGAAUGGGAGCAGGGGACAGGCCCGAGUGAGAGUGGGUAACCAUGGCAGCCCCGGCCUAGCCACCACCCCCAAAGCUCACUAUCUCCAGGAGUACGAUGGGGAUCCACCUCAUGAGUCUCCUAUGGGGAAUGUGGGAACUUAGCAGGGCUACAGCAAAGCUGCUCUGGUGCUCCCAGAUUUCCACAUGGCCUCCAGGGUCUGGCUCACAGAAUUUUUCCAGGCCCGAGCGUCCUCAGCAGAGCGGGGAUCUGAGGCCCAUCAGGGAAAGGUGGUUCUGCCGCUGCCCCAACAGGACCAAGGCUCUCUGAGGAUUUGGGAGACAGCCAACAGUAAUUGCCUACUGUAUGUAGCAGCUCCUCCUUGGGAUCCAGGCGGGGUGUACCUGAGGCCUGACCAGGAAGAGCACGAGCUGUGUCCUUGCCUCCUCCUACUGUAGGACAUGCUCACAUCUCCACCGCUGCUCCCUGACCUUCACUCUCCUCUCUGCUCUCUUUCUCUCGCUCUCUGCCUUGACAAGUUUAGCUUUGGACACUCCCAAUAAAAGACUGUGACCAAGGAUAAGUCCGAUGUCUC